CUGGCACAUUGAUAUUCUUACAUCUCGGAAAAAAACACCGAAGACUGAACACAUAGCUUGGGGCGAAUUGAUCUGAAAUCUCUUCAGCUCAAAUCUCGUCACAAAUACUGUUCCAUCAACCUACCAUUUCAAUACCCAACACACACGCACAUGCACACCCUUCUUCCACAACCUCAUUCCCCACCAUGACUAACCCCUCACCCCCGGCCCCGCCCCCGGGCCUCCGCAUCCACGGCACUCCCGCCCCCACCACAACCACCACCACCCCAACCCGCGGCCGCUCCCUCCGCGCAACCCGCCCCUUCCCCGCAGGCUCCCAAAUCGCAACCUUCACCACCCCGCUCAUCGCCAUCCCAGACGGUCCCCACGCCCUCUCCACCUGCGACUGGUGCCUGCAGCAGCGCCCGUCCCCGCCCGCGUCCGCCUGCACGGGCUGCCGCGCCGUCGCGUACUGCGGCCGCGGAUGCCAGACGCGGGCGUGGCGGGCCGGGCACAAGGCCGAGUGCGCUGCGCUGGGGCGGGCUCGGGCGCGGAGUCGGGAUGGGUGGGUGCCGACGCCGGUGAGGGCCGCCAUGGGGGUUCUGUUGAGGGUUGGGGCGGGGGAUGGCGGGGUGAGGGGGGCGGUGGGGGAUGUGCUUGGCCGGGGGGGUGGUGGUGGGGGAGGCUUCCUGGAGGGGAAUGUCGAGGGGUUCAGGAGGGAUGGGGCCGUGUGGGCGGAUCUGGGCACGCAGGCUGUCGCGGCGGCGAUGUAUGCUGGGUUCGAGGAGCUGGCGCGGAGGCCGGAGGGGAUCCAGACGAAUGCGUUUGACCGCUCCGAUCCCGAUACUGGGACGGCUGGCAUCUUCCUCGACCCGGUGCUUGCCAUGGCCAACCACUCCUGCAUGCCGAAUGCGUUUAUCUGCUUUUCCGGCAGGACGGCGAUUCUACGAGCCGAGAGGGAUAUCGAGGAGGGGGACGAGAUUGAAAUUUCGUACAUUGACAACACGCUUUCCAAGUCAGAGCGGCAGAACGCCCUGAGGCUGUACCACUUCCAGUGCCAGUGCCCUCGCUGUGUGGAUGACCUAGACGUCUAUCAGGUCUGCCAGGCCUCUCCGCUUGUCCCACUCAACGCUUUCAGUCUCCAACCCAAUCUGCAAAAGCUCCGUAACCCCCCGAUCAAUAGGGGGAUGUACCAGUCACCAGCAACAAGCUCAACCGCGUCGCAGGAGAUCGCUUCGGCCACCUCGGAGAAGCAAGGGUCCGAAGGCUCAUUGGAAAAGGCGAAACGUCAAUGGGCGGCAUGCAAGCCGCUGAUCGAAGCCGGCAUGUUCGCUGUCGAGCCUGUUCCGACGAUCCUCCACGACCUCGCCAACUUCUGCCAGUCUGGUGACCAGAACUUCGCCUCCGCGCUCUCCUUGGCAUGCUUCCUUGCGACCGAGUGCCACCCCUUCGCCCACGUCGCGCCAUUCAAGCCCUGGCGAGUAAAGGGUGUCAUGCUGGUCGCCGGUUUACUCAGCCAGACGGCCCCGCUCUCGAUGAUGGGCGAGCUGGCAAGCACGUGCUCCCACUCACAGCUGGUCGCCGCCCUGUCCAGGUGCGACCAGGUCUCCAUGUGCGAAGCCUUGUUGCGAUUGGUUGUCCACUACGGCCCAAUGGCGCACUCGGAGGACUGGGACGUGCUCAGGAGUGCCCAAGAGCUCCUGGGAGAUAUCGAGAGCCUCCAGGGGCGGGAACGGGAGUCCAUGCUGCUUCGGGCUUGGGCCACCAAUCCGCGGCAUCCGGACGGCCGGGCUUUCUUUGAAGAGGCAGUCCUGAAGCCGAUUACCGAGCUGGCGAGCUUUGCCAUCGAGAUCUCAACCGCGGAAUUGGACGGUGGUAGCAGAGCAAUCACGAGAAGUCGCGGUUGA